AUGUUCCUACAGCGCUACGUGCAUGUAGUGCUGGACGCGAUCCUUGGCAGCUAUGUGAAGGACAUUGACCCUGAUGCGCUGCAGAUCAGCGUGUGGAAUGGCAAGAUCGAGGUGGAGGCCGUGGAGCUGCAUCCUGACGCUUUCCCACUGCCCAAGCAGAUGCGUCUGGUCAAGGGCACCUUGCGCCAGCUACGUAUCGACCUUCCAUGGACCAACCUGGCCAACCAGCCCAUCCGCGUGGACAUUCGGGACGUGAGUCUACUGCUCGAGGUCUGCGCCAACGACCGCGCGCACUCUGCCAAUGAGCAAUCGCCCGAGACGCGGCACCGCCAGAAGCUGCAGACGCUACAGCGCAAGCGAGCGGCGCUCGACGCCAUAGAGAAGGCAGCCGAGUUUAACGAGACGAACAAGACGCAGGCGCCCCCGGGCCAGAGCUGGACACAGAGUUUCCUGUUCAAACUCAUGGUUAAGGUGCUGGACAACGUGCAGGUUCACGUGCAGCAUCUGCACUUGAGGAUGGAAGACGCCGUGUCGGACCCGAGGCACCCUUAUGCAGUAGGGAUGACACUCGAGGCUAUUAUCAUCAAGUCGGCUGACGAAGGCUGGAACUACACUAUGGUGGGGAGAGGUCAGCAGCAGGAUGGUGCGUCAUUUAUCAGAAAGAAGAUGGACAUCAACAAGUUCGGUAUCUACUGGUCUCUACCGCUCGUGCCAGUGCCAGCUACAGUGCUUAGCGAUGCAGAGGCCUUUGCAACGUUGAUGAGGAGAAAUUUCUCAGUAGGGAAGAAACUGGAAGAGCUGGAGCCGUCCCCGUCGCCCCCAACAUCAGAGCGGGUUGAGCUCGAGAAGACGACGUUCCCGGCGCUGUUGAAACAGAGCGACUAUAUUGUACAUCCACUCACAGUCUCCAUGAAGCUGACGGUGAAUGACGGGAAUGCCAAGCUGCCUAUUACGCACCAGGAAUUGAGUGAGCGCGUGCUGUCGAGACUUGGAACGCCCUGGAUGGUGGAGACGAUCGAUGCGAUUGGAGGCGAAGCCUGGAGCGAGUUCCUGGAAAUGAUGCCGAAGCUGGCAGGAGAGCGCAAAUAUACGCUGGGAUUUGUGUUUUCGGAGGCGUGGUCAGUGGCCAGAGACCUCGCAGAAGAAGAGGAUGAAAUUCCGUCGGUGAAGCAAUUCAAGGAUGCGUUGUCGAGCUGUAUGCAGUGGUCUCUGGCAGAAGUGGAUCGUGUGGAGCCAUGCAUCGUCAAGUAUCGUGAAGCAGUAGUCCAUGUGAUGGAGGAGAAGAGCACGUAUAUCGAUGCCCAAGCUAGUAUCGACCAGAUCAGUACGUCGCUGCACCGCCAGCAGUAUCUGAGUGCGCUUUCCUUCAUAUCCUUCUUGACGGUGAAGCGUCGACAAGCUCGGUAUCUCGUGUUGCGUCCGAAGCGGAUUCGCGUCAAAGAUAACCCGAGAAGGUGGUGGGGAUAUGCAAUAAACGCCGUGUUGUUGGACGUUCGUGAGCGCUUGGCUCAUGUCGAUUGGGAGGCACUAGAAAAGACUCGACAACAGAGGAAUCGAUACAAGGAGUUGUAUCUUGUGCUGGAACACGGUACUACAUUUGCGGCCUCACUUGUGUCCCCGGAUCUGCGGCUACUGACGAAAGAAAUGGCACGCAGCGAGCUGGACGAGUUGGAAUUCACGAUGGACGUUCAGGAAUUGAUGAAGCUUCGUCGUGCUGUGCGUAAUGAUAUUGUCGAAAAGGAGAAAGAAAAGGAAGUAUUGAAGAAGCUGCAAAGACAACGUGAACGUGAGGACGGUGGGCCGUUCUCCCAAGGCUCAGAGGUCCCAGCUAGUUCCCGUCUUUGGUCGUACGCCACGUGGCUGACAGGCACCGGCAGGGGAGCGCAAGGUGGCUAUGACACUGGAUCGCGGAGGGGUGGGGAAGUACGAGUUGAAGACGUGAAAUGGAGUGAUCAGGACACCAAGGAUCUCUAUGAGGCGAUCGAUUUUCAUCCUGACGUAGUUGAUAAAGAGGGUCGAUCGUCUGAAAGUAGCGAAAGCGAGGACGCUGCUGCUGCUGCUUCUGCACACAAGAAGCGCUUGCUGCAAGAACAGCAACACAUUUUGUACAGGUUCCAGCUUACCCUGUGCAAGGCAAGGUUUGGACUCGGCCUCGAAGACGUUCCUAGCGAACUCAAUGGCCUCGCCCUUCACGAAGGAGUUGGCACAGCGAUCCCCACCAAGUCUAGUCUGUCACCACACUUGAUUGCGUCUCUAGAUGACGUAGAAAUUCAAUUUCAAGUGCGGUCGUCGUGCGUGGAGGUGGGUCUUCAGCUCCGAGAUGCUUUUUUCUGCCAGGGCUCCAAAUCUUCAGCCCAGGACAGCCCAUCGCGCAAACGGCGGUCAGUGAGCUCUUCGGGAACCGACUUCUUUCUCCAGCGAAUGGAUAUGGAGGAGAUCUUGGAGUAUCACCCAGUAGGGGUGCGAAACCAAAUGAGCAGCGUACGUCUACGUCACUGUGAAAGGGAACUACCACUGAUGCAACUCCACAUUGAAUCGGAACGCCAGCCAAAGCAUGACGAAGAAGCGGAUACGAAACGAGAGACGUCGUCGGAAGACGCUGCUGCAGCCCAUUUACUCCGGGUGUCACUCGUUACCCAACCGAUCAAGUGUAACGUCAACUUGAUGUUUCUUCUCGAUGUGGUGGCGGUGUUUUCUCGUCCUGUAAACGUAGACUUGUCGGGGCUUGAGCACAGUGCGUGGAAGCGAGCGCAGAGUCUGCAGCGAUACAGUACGGCUCAGUUGCGGGAUGCCAUAGCUCGAAGAACAAAGGUAGACGUGCGCUUGGAUGUGAUAUCCCCAUUGAUCAACAUUAUACAAUCGCCGCCAUCGGACACUGGAAUUCCUAUUGGAGACGAAGUGAGUUUGCUGGUUUUCCUGGGUCAUUUGAAGGCGCAGACGAAGCACCCGGGUGAUAAUUAUGAGGAAGGUGGCGUUUCGAGCGACUUUGGAGAAACGGAAUCGCCUGAAAGUCGGAAGACUGGUGUUACUACGCCCGAGGAGAGUCUUUAUGAUGUCCUGGAGAUCAGUAUCUCGGGGAUUGAAGUGCAAAUUAUCGAUGGGAGAAACAACGGUAUUGUCCGAAACGUUUUCCGCAUGCGAACUCAAUCAGGCAAGAGAUCCUCGUGGCACUAUCUUCUCAAGAAAACCUCUUUGGCGUUCAGUUUUUACAUGAGCGUCACGCCUGACGAUCCCAGUGUUCCCCUUCUGAAGCUUUUUGGAGGCGUCGACAGCGUUAAUUUGAACUUGUCGGCUACAAGUUUCCGCUCUUUGAUGCAGCUACUCCACUCGUUCGGGGGCAACUUUUCAGCUCACGCGCAGCGGCGUCUUGACACGCAGGCUGCCACUGUAGUUGAUAUAGCAAGCCUUCCUUCGACACGAAUCGGACAACAGUCGGCAGGGACGCCACAACGUAGCAAGCCGAAGCUCGUACGCAAGGUAUCCUCCUACGUAAAGCCUGGAGCUGUUGCUCUGUCCAGUAGCGGCUCAAGUGGGAGACCUGCUGCGUCGGAGAACAGCCCCUAUCUCGGUUUAGCCAGAAAGAUCCAACUCGAGCGGAAGACAACACUCGGCGAAAAGGACAUUGACGACCACGAUUUACUCAGGCUGUGGAAACGCGUGCUCUGCCAGCUCCAAUUCGGAGUGGGUGAGGUUAUCCUCACGCUACAAGUGCGUGAUAUGGAGAACGGUUCAGGAAAGAUUGUUCGAGUGCGUGCUGUUGAUAUUAACACGCGUUUGAAAGUCAGAUCAUACGACAAGAGGCUGGAAUUUGCGCUCGGGACAUUUUUGGUGGAAGAUAUUCUCCUCUCAAGGCCGUCGCCGUCGUCAAAAGUGGUGGAAAAGAAGCGAUUCCUCAUGAAGUCUGGAAAUCAUGGUGUGGUUGCUGAUCUGGACGGGAAAUCCCUGGAGGAGGAUGCUCCGUUUGCAAAACCUCCGCCUUCGUCCGAGCAGCUAAUUCAUGUGACGAUUACGAGUAUCGCCUCCGACGUCGUGCUACCGAAGGACAAGAAGUUGUGGAAAAAUACUCGACAUUCGCCGCUCUCCCCGUCUUCGCAGGAGAGGUCUGUUUGGCAAGACCCUCUGGUUACUUCACUGUCGGUUGAUGCAAGUUUGCGAGUGCUUACAAUUGACGUGUUUCAAGAUACGCUGGCUGAAGUCGUCGUGUUUUUCUUCCAGCAUAGUGGUGACAAUACCGAGGAGAGAGUCCAGGAACAGUCGCCUCCUCCUCCGCCUCCACUGUCCUUGCGAAGUGUCAGUGAAGCAAGCACAGAGAAGAAGGGGGAUGUGGAGGAACAAUCAGUCUUGUCCUCGGUGGAUGCUGAAGCCAACGAACGGACCUUCUCGAGGAAACUAAGUGUCUGGGUGGCGUCCUCAUUCCUGGACAACCUUCCAGGCACAAGUCCAGAGAAUGAAAAGGGCCCCGAGGACUCGACCGCAGUUAAGGAUGGUGUCGAGGAAGAGCUUCCGGCAUCAAUGCAACUUCGUCUCCAUGUGGAAGGGUUGUCUUUGUUUCUCCACUUGGAUGAUAAACUGCGACCCGAAGGGAUGCCGUCAGCUUUUGCCACUUUGACAGCUCACCAAUUCUGCUGCUGCGUGCAGAAAUUCCCACGUUACUUGAGCAUGUUUGCUUACUUGACUUCGCUGAAAAUCUGCGACGUGUCUCUGCCCGACCAAAAGCUCAGUGAGAUCAUAUCGCAUGGAAGUACGUCACCAGAGCCAAAGGAGGACACGCUCUGGCUCAAUCGGGACGAUACUCGGGACAACGAUGGCGGCAUCGCAGUGGGUCACAUUCCGACGCUAAGUGAGAUUUUGAUCAUGCUCGAUGACGUCCCUGCGGUAUUUUCUUGUGCCGCGCAGUUUUACGGAGCAGAUUCCAUCCAAGAAGCUUGGCAUCCAGGCUAUAGUAGUCGAUAUUCGGUGCGGCUCAAGUCGCCGCGGAUCCGGUUUCUCUACAGCUUUGUCGACGAUAUGCGCAACUACUGGCUGAAAGGCGUUUUGUUGGAGACGGUUUUGUCCAUUUUGUCGGAUAGAGACCAAGCUGACAUGUUUUGGGAAGGCGAUUUUCAACUCGCGGAUAUUCAAGGAGAUGACGAAGCACGCACCGGCGAGUUCUUAGGAUCUGAUGUGGUGUCCAUGUUCCCACUGGUCGAUAUUCGACUGGAAGAUGCAGUUCUGGAGAUGCCUCCUCAUCGAAUGGCGUCCGAGUCUCUUUUGCUACGCUUCGAUAGCUUCCGAGUCUCCAAUGAAGGCGUUGUCAACAGCUUUUUGGGGAUGGAAAACCGCAUCGUGGCCAAAGUUCUUCUCAAUUCGUCGCUGAAGCAGUUGCAGCUCGAUAUGAAGGCUCUUCGAAUUGUCUCGGUGAUUCUGGUGGACCGCAGCGAUGUGGACAAGCGACUAGAUGGGGGAGGGCUUAUCACGCAGAGUCUACUGGGGCUGACCAACUACGCUCUUUCCGUAGAUUUCCGCUCACACGAUGAUCUCAAGUUGAAUCUGAUCUUCGGUCCCGUUCGUUUAGUUUGCAACCAAGAGCAAUACGCCUUUGUGCUUCGAGUGCCAUUCCAGAACUACCGUGAGCGUAGUCGCUAUCGUUUUUUCUUACAAGGAGCAGAAGCUCAAGCAAAACCACGAGCGCGAAUUGCGUCUCGCCGAUUCUCAUCGUCUCGAAGCGUUGAUGGAGCUUCCUCGUCCGUGGGGGUUGUGGAGGACGGUGAUGAAGUCAGCAAUGGAGCGAGCGUUUCCGAGACCCCAGAAGCUGCUGAAGAACGGCAUAUCAUGCUCGACCUUCACGCUCCCGAAAUUACAAUGGAGAUACUACAGGGACAACAUGGCUACCAUCCCUCGAGCAGUGGGGAUCUCGAUAUGAUUGAGAAGGGCAGAACGAACGACGGCUCAAUCUGCCUGUUGGCUCUUUCUGCGCUAUCAGGGCGUGCUGAUUACAAUCUAGCCACUGGGAGAUUAACGGCAAACGUGGACCUAGAGGGCAUUCACGUUCGGGACUCGCGCGUGAGCUCAAAGAUUUCAGCCUCGUAUCGAGACGUUGUUGUGUUUGAGAGAUACAAGGAAGGAUUGCCGAAAGCUAUUAAAAUCCAGUUUGGACGCGAAAGUUUCGACGUAGAUCUAUCGACGAUAGGCUUCGAUCCAGCCUUUGCUUCUCCUGCAAAUGGACUGCGAACUCUGAGAACGCAGUUCAGGAGUGUGUCGUCUAGGGCCAUUGGAGGCCUGUUCGGGUCCGAGUUUUCUCUAAGGCGAACAGAUUCCGAGAUGUCUGCCUACUCGCAAAUGUCGUCAACCGUGGCAAGUCAUGGCGCUCACUCCGUAAAGUCCAGCGAGGAGAAAUCUCCCUCCGUGGUGGGGGUAGAAGGAAGAAUGGAUCUGGUGGUCGAUAUCGCGGGUUUCAAGGUCAUCCCGUCGAGUAUUCACUAUGACUUGAUCCAGUUUUUGACGAAUCCUCGUGGCCUGAGUGGAGAUGCUGAAGCCUCUGAAAGUAGCCGAGGAGAGGUGGACGGCGAUGGGGAUCCCGACCCUGAAAGCACAGCGCUAGUACCGCCAGUCUAUCGCCGAAUCAGUUUGGAGCUGAAUCUGGGUCCGUCCGCCUUGUUGUUGGUGGAAAAUCCUCACAAGCUGAAGUCGAGGGCGCUGAUGUUGUCGUGGGAAUCGUCUGUUCUUCUCAACUAUCUCCAACAAGCAAAUGAAGACGAAUGCACGAACAUCGAGGAUGAAGCGAAAGAAUCCCCGGCACACAGCAGGAAUCAGCUGCAGUUCUGUAUCGCCCUUGAAAAUAUCCACGCGACCUCACGUCUGUCGGAAGAGAGCGUUUGGGCGGCGGAGCUGUCGGCCACGGCCGCAUCUGCUGACUGUCUGAAGCCCAUCGACAUGGAGACCGUCUUGCAGAUGGAUCUCCACUCGCGUUUUCUUCGCUUCCGAACGACGUUUAACCGCGUGAUGGAGCUUCGGUUCGGAUAUCUGGAUUUCUGCACGAUGCUUGCAGCCCUCGAGCACAUUUCCCACCGACCUCUUUCCGUGCAGCCAACUACCUCUGGUCAGAAGCGACGUUCAAUGUCCGGCUCGUCGAUUUCCUCCCUCUCUGGAGGAGGCGCAGAGAGCGAGACUUCGUCUUGGAGUGAACGCCGUCACUCUCCUACAUCCCCGCGCUCAGGUCUUGUGCUGUCCAGCUCCAAGAAAGCCGAGCGACAGCGCACUGCGGCGCUUUAUGGAUCGUCGCUGAUCUAUUUGGUGUCAGCUAGUUUCCGAGGACGUCUCGAGACGCGGCCCGUGGUUGGCUUUUAUAACUCGACUUGGCGCAAACGGUACCUUGUGCUGCCGUAUACAGCACAGCAGAGGCAGCUGGUUGAAAGCGUAGCGUUUCGAAUCCUGCCAGCCACUGGAAGUCGACGCCAACUUGGAGACGAAAUUUAUUAUGGGGACAGAAUUAUCUUGGAAGCUGUGGUGGACGGUAACAGCGACAAUGACGAGAAGAUUGCAAGAGAAGAGUCGCUCUCCAGAGAGGAAUCGGCGGGAACUCCCACCGCUGAUGCGGCAAAGACAACCCAGCCGACUCUCAUCCGAAAGUACGACCAGCUAGGCGCUAAUGGCUACCUAGGCCCGGAAGGGUCCGCUGGGGCUUUCGAAACGACGAUCUGGAAGCACGGAAGCACCAUGUUUAACUCAGACAAGAGCGUCAUCUACGAUCGAGAGCUGAUCGUGUUCGAGGAGCUUACGAUAUAUCGUUCGUUCAGCAAGGGAAAGAAGUUUGGCGUGGCUGAUGCUACUGGCCAGCAAAUGGACUUUAACUCGGCUCGAUCGGGACCCCAAGCCGAGGGUGCGCAUACGGUAGAUACUACAGGCGCACGAGGAGGCGGGUAUCUGAUGUAUAACGGAGUUGGCGAUGCACCAAUCCCGUUCGCCUUGUCGAUUGUUUCGAGCAAAGCUAGAUCUAGAUUCACGCGGUGCGAGGAGACGACCAGCUCUCCCAGGAGGAGAAAACGCAAGUCGCUGUUUGCGUAUUCUUCUUUUCUCGAGAACUUGAAGAUAUUGGAGUUUACACUGCCAGGUGUGAACGCGACAGUUGUGAACGACUUCCACAACAUGCUUCUGCCGCUGCUUCAUUUCCGCGUGGCGACAUUACAUGCGGAUAUCCGAGGGAGAUUGGAAGACAAGUUCACAGCACUAGCGAGUCUACGCUUUGGAAUCCAAGCCUAUAACUCUCAACUGGCUGUGUGGGAGCCUGUACUCGAAGACUUUGAGGUGAACAUGGCAUAUCAUGGGAAGGGUGGCGUGCUGUGCGACUACUGCAUGUCUGAGAGGCAGUCGGUGUCUCUUACGGGUGCUGCACUGCGCUGUGAUGGAAUGCCGCUGUGUCUUUUCCGCUCUUCUCGGACUGAGGUGCUCACUAAGGCUGCUGCGCAUUCAUGGGAAUCCAAAAACUUCAUUUAUCGCGAGCUACUGGAGCAGCCGGAUGUUCAAGAUGGCGCCAAACUGGCGAACACGUUCAUGAUCGUGGUGAAAGACGACUUCAAUAUCAACGUCUCACGCAAUGUGGUCAAUGUGCUGGUGCAUUUUUUCGCUUUAGUGACCAAGGUGACUGCAGCUGACGAGGCCUUAUCAUCGCGUCUCGGUCCAUUUAUUUAUGUGGACAACCAGUCUGGUAUCCCGUUCGUAAUUGCGACGCACCCAUCGUCUUCAAGUGGUGCGCCACCCACGGCGGGGGGAACUCCCUCAUCUUCGCGACGACCUACGAGCUCCAUUGAGAUGCCCACUGAAGUGCCGGGUGCUGAUACCAAUGACGAUAUUAUGAAAACUGGGACAGCAAUGUUUAACAGCAACGCCUGGAGUCGCCGUCGACUCACAACGAUGCUGAACGACAUUUCUUCGUCAGAUACGAAGUGGAUCCGUGUUGAUAGUGGGGAACGCGUUGCAACUGAAAUCGUAGCUCAUGAAGCGCCGGCAGGGUGUGUGACAUCGCCGCUGCGUCGACUGCUGUGGCUGAAGCCGCAGUCUGCCUCGCCAAGAACGACCUCUUCCAAGGCGAUUCCAGUGCCGAUUGGAUAUUCCAACCGGAGCUAUCUUCACCUAGAGAGCAGCGGCAAACAGCGCGAUUCGUGGCAUGGCGAGAGUAUCAUAUGCGAGACCGUGGCAGAGCAAGGCACACUCGUCCUACGACUUCGAGGUAAGAUCCAGCUGACGAAUUUCUUCAGUGUCCCCAUUCAAGUGAUCUACAACGACCAACGCGAGGAGACGAUAGAGCCCGGUGGCAAGACAGCUCACUACAUCCCCAUCCAGUAUCUGGAGUCCGGGACUGUUGCGUUUCGUCCGCUGCUAUCGAACGGAAAGGUUCAACAUUCGGAGCCGCUUUCGAUUGCGUCUCUGCUGCGGUCAAAUGAUGAUAGCAAGACCCGAGGUCGCUCAAACCGCAGGCAGAACGUUGGCUCGCUGGAACUGCGCAAGGCCUUGACGUUUUAUUGGGAUGUCCAUCCGAGCUCGUGGGGUGACGAUGUUCCAGAUUUCACGUUUGGUGUGUCGUUACCACCGUUCCAAGUGAUUUUGACUGCUUUACGGAAGUCGGAGCGCCACGAGACUACGAUCACAUUGCGUCCGCCUAUUGUCCUGGAGAACCUCGUGCCUUAUGAAUUGUCGUAUCGUACUGUGUGCAUGAAAUCGGAAGCUGAGGUUGUGUGGGUGGCAAAAAAUGCCGCUGCUUUCUCGGGUGUCAACGGGAAGGUGUCUUCCGGGAGCUCGGCUUGUGUGGCUGAAUUGGAUGUCUUGGAGCGAGACCUGGAUAGCAGAGAGAUCGUGCAGACCCCAACAGUUGUCGGGCUGAGUCUCGCACUGCCUCAAAUUCAGCUGGGGAGAUUCUCACGUUGGUCCAGAGACACGUUCAUCUACGGCUGCGAGUCGUUCUGUGAGCGAAUCGAAUUAAACAUGCGCGACGAUAGUGAGUUCGAAGCGCCUACUCCAGCGAACAAGCUGACGAUAUGUGUGGAGAUCACGCAGCUGGAAAAGCUACGCUCACGUGCGCUGAAUACGCUCUGCCCCGUAGUGUGUCGGGUGUUCACAGAGUACUGGCUGAUCGACCGGACAUCGCUGUCACUCGCUUUCUACACUGCCGACGACUACCUUAUCCCGUCCAAUCACCCAGGUCGUUUGUAUGACGACGACAAGAGUGAUGCCGAGAAUGAAUCGCCCUCGGUGUCGCUUUCUGUGUUUUCCUGCGAGAGCAAGCAGGUGGUGUCCAAGAUGAAGAUCGGAAUCAAGGGAGAUAAAGGGGAACGUGAAGUGCAGUCCGAGCCAUUUGACAUCAGUGCUGUGGGGGUACGUGGACAGAUCCUGGUGCCCACGAACCGGUCUCGAGAUGCCCGGUCUCUGCUUUCUACAAUUGCAGAAUUCGGAGCCCCGUCAGACGGACUGAGGACGACCUUCAAGCAGUACGAAUUCGGUGUCAUGAUCGAGCAAGGACCCGACAAGUUCUCGCGAUCUCGUGUCGUGACGUUGGUUCCACGAUACUAUUUCAUCAACACUUCCAACAGGCUUGAAAUUCGCAUUCGACAGGAACGUUCAGCCGACCCGAGUGCUGCGAUUGUGCUGCGCCCACAGGAGACCAAAAUCUUCCACUGGAGCGACUCGCGCUUGCCCUCACGAGUUCAGAUUUGCUUCGUGCUUCCAGAUAAUCGGCACGAUGAGCGUGACACUGUCUCGUAUGCGAACUCAUCGCAGUGGAGUGCCCCGUUCGAGCUCUCAUCAGUGGGCAACUUCGUGCUGCGUGUAAAGUCAAAGGUUCGACCGGCGCCGCCAUGUCUUCCGGAAUGCUUUGAAGGCAAUGUUGGCAAGCGUGAACUAGUCGAAGAUGACGAAGAAACACAUUUGUUCUUCGAUGAAGAAGACGUGUACAGCGAUGUAGAACGCGUGCUAGCGGAUGGAAUUCAGUUGAAUGUAGCGGUUGAACUCCACGAUCCGUCGUUCUUGGUGUACCUGGAGGAAGGGAAGCCGUCCGUUCACUCGUCUCCUGUCUCUUCGUACGAAUACCAAGAGGGUGAUCGGGAGCAUACGCUGACUGUUAAGAAUAAGGAGAAUGAGGGAUUUGUACCGUUCAAGAUAAAGAACGAGUGCAGCAACUUGGCGCUAGUUGUGUGGCAGAAAACGCUGGUGAAGGACGACAAGGGGAACGUGACGAUCGGGUUUGAAGGUGGAGACGCUGUUCUCCCUUUCCACACGAUCGACUACGUGCCAUUCCGCUUCUCUGCGUUCCCAACUGUGUUUGUACAGGUCCAAAAAGUGGCAGGAUUGGGUAUUGGGGCACUGAGGAAAGAGCAUCCACUUCAUGGGCGUCGCUCGGAUACGUUGGCCUCAAAGUCUUCAGCCGAAAAGGACGCGCCAGCUACUGCGCUUGCCCGAGCUGCUACCGUGGGCCAAACCCAAGUCGUUGCGAGCUUUGAAGUGCAACUGAAAAAGCUUCAGCGUCUACCAACGAUCGACGUGUCUGAGGGUGUAGUAAAGAAGCGCUUGUGGGCUGAAGUAUUGCUGGAUGAAACCACGAAAACGCUGCUGGUGACUGAUAUGCUUCCUGGUUUCUCUGGGGAGCACAAGCGACGGCGACGAGCUACUCUGCUUCGCAGUUGGAAGCGCUACAACACGUCGAUCGUGUUUAUUUCGCAUGUCCUCGCGGCGCACAGAGCCCAACUGGCGGAUGGAUGUGAUGACGACAACGUACAAGACGCGCCUGCCAAGAAGAAGCGUGUGCGUUUCGCAUCAGACGUCGCCGAGGUGAAGGGGAAGUCUGGUUCGGACGAGGUUGGGGCUGCGAAGGCAGCACGACAGGCCGAAGCUUCCAACACACCACCGUCAAUCGAAGAAGAGAAAGAGGUGGAAGCGUUGGUUCUCUGCGUUCGACUCGUGGAGGCUACGUACCUAGAAGAUGUGUUCCUACAAGCGGGACGCAGCGACUUGACGUCGUGUCAGCCUUUUAUUACGUUCUCACUAAAGACCGACGGCGAAGAAGCUCGGACGAAGCUCGUUCCUCAGUCGGCGACGAUGUUUCCGCGGUGGCUGCCUGCACCUCAUUUACGUGCAGUUUUAAGUGCAUUAAUGUUGAGUGAUGGCGGUGAAGAGAGUUCCAGUCACGAGUUCGGUGCUGGUGCAGAGAUCAUUGUGGAGAUUCGAGAAGCAGAUAAGAUCCUGUUCGGCUCUUCUGUCAUUGCAACUGCGCGUAUUCCGUUGCAGGAGUAUUGUGCUGCUGCUAUGAUCUCGACUAGAAGUGGAGCCAUUAACGAGCUGCAAGUGGUGGAAUUCCUUGCUCCUGUUCGUGUGGCUCGGAAAGGUGGAGGUUGGUCUCGUCCAGUGGAAAACGAAGCUCGUAUUCGCUUCCAGAUUUGCUGCCGGCGGACUCUCACGACUCGAUUGACUGCUGCCGAGUCUAGUGGCGAAGGCAGAGAGAGUCUGGACACAGUGAAGGAGUUGAAGGAUUCGCUGUCGGCAUACACUAUGAAGAAGGAAUUAGACGUGCUCGUCAGCUCCAGAUCGCAGCUCAAACUCUUGCUAGAACGCGAAGCUGUGGAUACGUCAACGAGUGGCACCAACAUUCCAGCAGCGUUGCGAUCCGUGCCCGAUUCUUCGUCGGGAGAAGAGGAAAAGAACUCGGGGCUUUCUCGAUUCGUUGCUCAAUCUGCUGGUUCAGACGAUGACAGUCUCGAAUCUCGUAGUAGAAGCACCAGCUCGGUCCGAGGCUCUGCUGUAUCGGCGACUACCGAUGAAGCAACGAGCGAUGGCACAUACGAAGAGAUGGGAGACGAAAAGCGGUUGUCUGCCGUUCUAAUUGGCGUGUCGAACCUCCAAAUUCCCACGGAAAUUAUUCGGAAUAACUUCAAGCAUACGCAUGGAACAACUGAUAAUCAGGGGCCAAAGGUCUAUUGCACGAUCACGUACCAGGAGUCCACACGUUCGGCUCUGUCAGCAGUUGCCAAGUCUUCCACUGCUUCAGUAGCAGCAUCGGACCAGAACAGCAACGCUGAUGAUAAUGGAUCUUCGUCGCCCAGUGGAUCGUCAAUGACGGGACCACCAGGUAGCAAUGCUCAUCUGCAACAGGUUCGCACUCACAAGCUCCCGAGAGGCCAAAAGCUGGGACUCGAUCUAGUGUAUCGCAAUGGACGUGUGCUGGUGCAGGGUGUAGUUUGUGAUGGCCCAUGCGGAACUCUCGUCUACGAAGGGAAGAUUCGGAUUGGUGACACAGUCGUCGCAGCUAACAACAAGUCCAUCGUGAAUCUUCACCGUGACGCGUCCUUCGCUGUGAUUGAGAAGGCGAUGCAUUGGGGGGAGGGCAUUGGAAGAGCUACUCCAGAGCAAGCAUCUGCGACGUUUACUCUGUCUUUCCUGUAUCAAGCGACGACACCAGAGCGCAUGGCAUUCAGGGAUACGUCGAGGCCUCCGUGCGCUCAAACGGCAGACGAAGACGCUGGCGUCCGGAAGUAUGAUGCAGAGUGGAAUCGCCGCGUGGAAUUUGUCGAAACAGCCAAUAAGAAACCUACUGCGGGCGCUGGCGAAGAACAGGUGCUAGUGCGUGUUUACUUGCGGAACGAGACCUCCGACCACGGGCUGUCAGCCUCACAGGAGUCCAGUAUCGUGCCGUUCCUGUACUUCUUCGGUGACGACGCUAUGAUGGAUCAUCUCGAUCACAGCAAACAGGACUCACGCUUCGAUGUACUGUUAGCUGAGUGCUGGGUACCGCUACCUCCGUCUUCUCUCUCUAGCGCCGCUAAUCCGAUGUCGAUGGACGGGAACCCGUUGGCUGAGUCAUCUGCGCUCACCUUUAAUGAACGUAUCUGUGCGUUGUACUCGCCACAGCAGCGCGCGCACCAACACUCGGCGUUAGAGAUGAUUGGGCAGCUACGACUAGCACUCAAGUGGGAUUUCAUCAACCCCUUGCGGGCUGCUCAUGAGCAAGGAGAUCUAAGUCUGCAUUUCCAGCUUGAAGUGGCACGUAUCUGCAUCUCCGUUGUGGAUGAUGGUGCAUGGAGUUCCGUGGCGUCUGCUGCAGGGCCUCAGCAACCGCAAGAGGUACUGUGCAUCUCGCUCUCUGAUCAAAACGCUUCUGCUGGCGUUCAAUUGAGCUUCGGCCAGAUAACGGAUGGGAAACAAGUCAUCAAUGCACGCAUCGGGCAUUUCCAGAUCGACAAUCAGCUGCUCGAUACAAAUUACCCAGUUCUGCUGCGUCCGAUGCGUCUUGUAGACGCACAAAUGCAAGAAGAAGGCUACACGAUGGCGCGCGAGAAAGGAGGGAAAUGUAAUGAUGGGGAUGGCCCGAUGCUGUUGCCGACAGUGCAGCUCAUGGCGGUCUUCAGUCGGCAGCCUAAUGUGAUCCAGUUCGAAUACAUUUUUGGUCAGCUGCAAGAGCUGGAGAUCAAGCUGGAAGACGCGACUCUUGUGGCAUUAGCCCAUGUGUUCUCAGGGGUGGAAUGGUCGCACACGGCGUCGACAGCUCGUGCUACCAAGAAGAAAAAGCGACCUGGAGAUGAAUUUGGCUCUAACUUGGCGUUGAAAUUGUUGGAGAUCGAAUGGUCUACCCCCACGUUGCUGUCGACAGCUGCGGGUGGGCGCUUGGGUAGUACCAGGAAUGGUGGAGGGGCAAACAUGAAGGUGCUGUUGCGAUGGCUCUUACUUUGUCCUGUGAAGGUCAACGUGACUUUUACUAGUACCGCAGACCGAUCGCUGCUGUUGUCACUGGUGCGUGAACUGUCUCCGGAUAUGUCGUCGGUGCUAAGCACUCUCAUCAGUGCAGCAGCCGCACUAGUAUCCAAUCUGGACCAAGCACCGAUUCGAGUUCCGGAGUUUUACGUGGAGAAUCUGCUCGAAACAACGCACACACUGGCCUUCUACGCCAUGCAGCACUACUUGCACCACGGUUUGCGCAGCUGGUACAGUAUCAUGGGCUCCGUAGACUUCCUGGGAAACCCGAUCGGUCUUGUGAGCACGCUCGGUACUGGCGUCAAAGACUUCUUUUAUACACCAGCUCAGAUGCUGCUGGAGGAUGAAAACGGUCUGCGGAUCGACAAUUUACGAACUGGCAUGACGAAAGGCUCUAAAAGUUUGUUGCGGAACACAGCGGUGGGCAUCUUCCACACGACUGGCAAAAUAACGGAGACGCUCGGAAAGGGGAUCGCGUUGCUGGCUAUGGAUGAACAGUACAACGUCCAGAGACAACGAGCGUCAACCCGACAGGUCAAGAAGAUCAACGACUUGGGUGAUGCCAUUGCUGAAGGCAGUAAGGGACUCGUAGGAGGUGUGUGGGAUGGCAUCAAGGGUGUCGUGGCUGCUCCAGUACGUGGCGCAGAGCAAGACGGUGCUGGCGGAUUCGUCGUGGGCAUCGGGAAGGGCGUCGCGGGGUUAAUCGUGAAGCCUACUGCUGGAUUCUUGGACUUGCUUACGAGUCUGUCUCGAGGAGCGAAAACAAGUGCAGAAUCUUUGGAUGGCACAGAUCGCAAUGCGUUUGACACGGUCACACGCUUCAGACUUCCUCGGCGUAUCUGCUCGGACGGCGUGUUAGUGUCUUACUCGGAUCGAGAAGCUCGAGGCUAUGCAGUGUUGCUCCUGACGUCGCUGGAUGCCACUGACGACUACGUUUAUCAUGUGGACUACGGCAUCGAGCCACACCGCGGACUUUUGUUGCUCACAGACAAGCGCCUUAUUUGUUUAAGUGGCAAAACUGGACAGAAGUUGUGGGAAGUUGCUCUGGACUCAACUCUGGAGAUGGUCGUUGAAGGCGCCACGCUCAAAAUUGGGCAGACUACGUCACCGUCUCGGUCCUACCAUAUCGAAUGCGACAAUGAAGUAGCAGCAAGCAAUUUCCGCGUUGCUGUGGAUUCAGCACGUGUAGAUGUGUCGGCCACUCGGUAUUUACUUCUGAAUCUGGAAAAAGGCCAAGAAGAGUCUCGCAUAAUUGGUGGUGGACGUUUCGGAAGUGGAGCGGCCGGCCUUUUAAACAACGACGAAGACCGCACCGACUUGCAUGUGCUGAUGGAAAGCGUGCAGGAUACGACAGUCUCUGGACUCUCGAACGACGAUCUGCGGUCUCAACCUCUACGCUCCGUGCGUGUCGAAGUGUGCCAUCUACAGAACAAAGAUGCGCACGCCAAUGUCCCGAACCGAACGAUCGAUAAACUGCUAUCGUUCAGCGUCUUCCAGAUCCAAGUGUACGGCGGGCCGUACCAAUGGACAGUGUUCCGUCGGUUUAGCGAGUUCCGCGAGUUAUGCGCGACGCUGGAGACUGCAGGGUACGUGUUGGAUGGACUUCCGCCGCUCCCACCACGAACUUUCCUCCCAAGCACACGAGCGCCGGUGGCGAAGUAUCGACAAGAAGCGCUAAACAUGUUCCUACAGGCGGCAAUCAUGCACUCUGCCAUCAGCCGAAGUGCAGCCAUGCUCAGCUUCCUCACGUGUGAAGCUCGUGAAGUGCGAGUGAGUCUGCCCCCGCUGUCUCCUACUGGUGAGCGAGAAGCCUCUCAACGCGCUGGAGACUCGCCCUGA